AUGAUUGCAACACUAAAGAUCAUUGGUGAGGUCAAUGACAUAAUCACUAAAGAUCAGUCAUCUUGUAUCGCACCAUUGGAUGGUCUAGUACAACCAAGCGAACCUAUGGCUGUCCCAAAGGUCAAGAUAGCCUUAUGUGGUCCAACUCAUUCUGGAAAGUCAACAUUGAUCAACUCUAUACUGUCGAUACCCAACUUGAUGCCAUCAGGUGCAGGACAUGCAUCAGGAAGGAUAUGCAUACUGCGUUAUUCUCCAACGAUUAGUAUCAAGUUCUUCAGAGUGGCACCUCAAGAAGGAGGCAACCUCCCAAGCAUAUUGGAUUGUAUCCACCAUGAAACAAUCACAAUAGGGAAUGAACUCAAUUUGGAGACGAGGAGGAAUUUUAAUAAGGAGAUGAAGACACAUCUACAACGACCUGAUGACAUUGAAGACGACGAAGCUCUGUUCGAAGUGUGGGCCAGCAAGAUUGUGAUGGUUGAGCUCCCGUCACCUUUGCUCGAGACUGGAUUGGAGAUCAUCGAUGUUCCAGGUUACAGUGUAUCAGAUCAAGCAUCAUUGUUCACCAUCCGCAAAGACUUCUUCGAAGCCUACACUCCAAACGGCGUCCUCUUUUGCUAUUCAUACAAUGGGAUUCUGGAUUUUGCAUUCCCUGACUUGGUCAACUCAAUGCCAAGUGAUGUGGAGAGGCAAUCAAUAUUCUUUGUCAACACUAAGGCUUCCAAGAGUGAAAUCGCUUGUUCUAAUGGCCUUGGUCCACUGGAUACUGUGCCUGUGGAGAUGAUGAAGGGAUACAUUGGUGACUCUCUCUCUCAGCUAAAGUCCUUUGAUCUCAACACUCUAUGGGACGAACAGAACUUUGCAAUAGUCAACGCCUUGGAUUUUAUAAGAUAUCCAAGACAAGUGGAGAACAGAUUCAUCUUCCAGCAGUUCACUGAUCGUUUGACCAACUGGAUUGCCAAACUCAUUUGUCGAGUUGGAGACACCUACCUCAAAAGUGUCGAGCAAGAGUGCAUAACAAUGUCAAACAAGAUUGAAUCAUUAGUCAACAUGGCCAAUCUAAUGGCUAGCAAGGAUGAACGCGACAAAAUGGCAAAGGAGUCUGAAAAGAUGAUGGCCAGUUAUACUUUACUGGUGUCAGAGUCUCUCAAGAAGUUCAUUGAAUCCAUUCCAUCUCUGAUCAAGCCUAUCUUUAUGGAGAACUUCGAGUCCAACGAUGAACCUAAAGCUAUUCCACUCAUCGACCAAAUAAUGGCAAAGUCAAUGCCCAAGGUACACAAACUCAUCAAUGAGUCUGCUCCAGCAAACAUUUACAAUCAUAUCAUUCCAAAACCAUUGGUGGAAAGUUCGCUUGAUUACUUGCUGGUCAGGUUUGCAAUCAAUAAGUUCAGGAGAGGCACUGAUACAGAGUUUGGAUCAAUCUUGUUCAAAGAGGUGGCUGGAAUGAUCAACUCAUACUUGGACGACACUUACUUCAAUUACCUCAACUUGAAUACUACCUCUUCAUAUACCAAUGUCAUCGACACUUGGCUUUUGAAGCAACAGGUAGAACCAGUCAUCAAGCGCAAGCUACUCACACUCAAACCCUCCCUCUCAUAUCUGAUCAGUCAGGUAUAUUUACAGACACCAAAUAUGCUCAAUGACUUGUUUAACCAGUCAUUGAGCCUGUACAACCUGUUGUACCUUGAGGUACUUGCUCACCAAUGCAAGCUACGCCUCCCAUUCGAUCUCCUAAAGGUGGAUAGAACAAAGGUUGUAGGUGAUGGCUAUGUUGGAUCAAUAUACACUGGAACAAUGAAGGGUCAAACAUACUUGGUACAAAUAGUGAAGCCCAUGGAGGACAAGGAAGUGAUGGACAAGUUGAUCAAACAGGUCAGAAUGUCCAACAAUGCCAACUUCAUUCCAAUGACAUUACAAGCAAUUUUCAAACAUACUGAUGGUGCCAAUGAUGAUGUCGAGUGGAUAUUAUUAUACAAUCAACUCAAAUCAUUUGAACCAUUACUCAAAGACCAGAUAUCAUCACAAACCAAGUUCUUGGUCACUCAAUUGUUCCAAUCAUUAUUCGUUCCAAAGUAG